CAGCAGUCCAGGACGAACCGUGGGCGCACCUGAGAGUAAAGGAGAGUGGCAUUCCCUAGUGAGCCUCCAUCCCAGCUACAGCGCCCAGGCCGCCCUCUUGGAGCUCAGCACUCCCGUUAAUAGAGAGAUGCGUUGUCCCCCAAGCACAGGAGCUGCGCUGGUGCUAUGUGCCGCCACUGCGGGGCUGCUGGGCGCAGCCCCCGCCAGCGAGGUACGCCCGGGGGCCCCCGAACUCCGAGUGCCCCGCGCCCGGCCGGAGGCCAAGUGUGCCUCGUGGGACGAGGUGAACGUGAUCGCUCACGGGCUCCUGCAGCUCGGACAUGGGCUUCGGGAACACGUGGAGUGGACGCGGGACCAGGUAAAUGACAUCUAUCGCCGUCUCCACGCCCGUGACCCUCCUUGCGAAGACCCUCUGCGCCGCGCCCGUCACAGCCCUAAAGGCACCCAACUGCAAAGCCCCGAGGAGAGCUCCGUGGACUCGGCGGCUCAAGGCACUGACUGCCACUUGGAGCCGAAAGAGGUGGCCCAACAGAAGACCGAGCUCCAGCACCUAGAAGGGAAUGAUGGCCAGGGAGUAGAAACCAGCAUUGGGGGCGCCGCAUGGAGAGCUGUGCACAGUCUGCAGACCCAGCUUCGAGCUCAGAACAACAGAAUCGAGGAAUUGUUUCAGAAAGUGGCCCAGCAACAACAGCACUUGGAAAAGCAGAACUUGAAGAUUCAAACAUUGCAGAGGAAGCUCCAGGGCCUGUCUCCUUUACAGCUGGGGCAGAUACCACUAAGGCCUAUGGGAAAGAAGAACACCCUGAAGAUGGCUCGACACAUUCGUCCAGUCCCCAAUAGAAGUGACAAGCCUAAGCUGCCCCAGGAUUGCCAUCAACUCUUUCUGAGUGGAGAACGCCAGAGUGGACUCUUCCAAAUUCAGCCCCAAGGCUCUUCACCUUUCCUGGUGAACUGCAAGAUGACCCCAGAGGGGGGCUGGACAGUGAUCCAGAGACGCCUGAAUGGCUCAGUGGACUUUCACCAGCCCUGGGAAGCUUACAAGUCAGGCUUCGGAGACCCUAAUGGAGAAUUUUGGUUGGGUCUGGAGAAGGUACAUCAUAUCACUGGAGACCGAGGAAGUCGUCUUGCUGUACAGCUAUUAGAUUGGGAGGGCAAUGCCCAGUCUGUCCAGAUCCCCUUCCACUUGGGAGGAGAGGACACAGCCUAUAGCCUGAAGCUCACAGGACCAGUUGCUGGAGAGCUGGGUCCAGCCACAGAGGAUGGGAUAUCUUUACCCUUCUCUACUUGGGACCGUGAUCAUGACCUCAGGACAGACCUGAACUGUGCCAAGAACCUCUCUGGGGGCUGGUGGUUCAGUACUUGUGGCCAUUCCAAUCUCAAUGGAAAGUAUUUUCACUCCCUUCCCCGGCAACGGCACCAAAGGAAGCAGGGCAUCUUCUGGAAGACUUGGCGGGGACGCUACUACCCUCUACAGGCCACCACCAUGUUAAUCCAGCCCACAGAGGGUGCCACCUCCUAGCCUCAUUCUGAGAGCCUUGCAGGGCUAACAGAAAAGAGCCAGAGCUCCAUGGGCCAAAGACUCAACAUAAAUGCGAGAAGAGAACUCUUUCAGCCUCCCCUUUCCCAACACCCAUGGUGACAGCAGUCUCCCUGGACAUAUGCCUGGGCCAGGGUCAGGACUGAAAAAGGUACUUCAUUGAGAGAGGAAUAAGAGAGGAUCCAGGCCCAGCCUUGGAAUCUAGCUGGUCCCUCUUGAAGAGACACUGUUUACUCCUUUCUUCCCCUUCUUUAAUCUAUUGCCCACUUAAAGGUUAACCUAUGGUACCAACAGUACUAAUAGGCAAAGACUUUCCCUCUCCCCAUCCACCCUGUUACAUCUCUGUUACAGAGAAGAGUUUUAUGCACAAGUGAAUGGGAGGAGCUGGGUUGCCUGACCCUGGGAACUAGUGGGAAAGAAGCCCAAGUUCUGGGCUCAUGACUGACUAGGAGCCUUGCCUAGCUGUCUUCAGUCAUAUUGACUGGACUAGGAUAAUGGGACCAAGAACUGGGGGAUCUAGAAUGGUGACCUACCUCAGAGUGUCUCUAUUUCAAAGCCCAGCCCUGGGGCCUAGUGAGGGGUCAGGGUAAUUUGUAAAUGACUGCCUUGUAAAAAGAUUUCCUAUCUGUUGGGUUGUAGGGUCUGGCUGGGAUUACCAGGCCUCCUCAGACUUGUUUGUAAUAAAAGGAAUGAAAGAAUC